AUGUUUGCUAAAAUCUUUGCUGUCGCCAUCAUGGCUCUUGCAGCUUCUGCUGUCACUAUUCCCUCUGAGAAGCGCUCUGUUGACCCUUCUGGCACCCACAGUGGUGAUGGUAAGUCCACCGCGAGUACAUACUAUGAGACCGGACUUGGUGCUUGUGGCAUUACCAACAGCGAUACCGACUACAUUGCUGCCGUGUCGCACACUUUGUUCGACAACUUCCCUGGUUACGGCGGCGGUAACUCGAACUCCAAUCCUAUCUGCGGCAAGAGCGCCACCGCCAAUUACGACGGAAAAUCUGUCAGCUUCACCAUCACGGACCGCUGCGUCGGUUGUGCGGAGUGGGACCUUGACUUCUCGCCUACAGCCUUCUCGCAGCUCGCGAACGAGGAUGUCGGUCGCAUCUACGGCGUGACCUGGUCGCUCGACUGA